GCCGCCUGUAUGAUCAACUGACGGUCCGUAUCUUAUGCUGCUAAUUUUGGAUGACACUGGGUGAAAUUCAGCGUUAACGCCUUUUUAAAAGUACAGAAUAUGAAGAACAGGAAACUUGGAUAAGAGAGAAUAUUUCUUAAACGUCGGCGAGUGUAGCUAGAGUCCUCGGGCUGUUGGAAGGAUGGAAACCCUUAUUCCCACCAUCAACCGGCUGCAGGAGGUCUUUCUGACUGUAGGCGCGGAGAUCGUACAGUUGCCUCAGAUAGUCGUGGUUGGAUCUCAGAGCAGUGGGAAGAGCUCUGUGUUGGAGAGCCUGGUUGGACGGGAUUUUUUGCCUCGGGGAUCUGGAAUAGUAACAAGACGACCCCUGGUGUUGCAGCUUGUUAAUGUCCCCCCCAUGCAGGAGAGACUGAAGAUUGAGAAUGGAAAUGGGAUUAAACAAAAUGCCCCAAACAGCUACCCAGGUGUCAGAGCUGAAGAAUGGGGUACAUUUCUGCACUGCAAGAACCAGAUAUUCACAGAUUUUCAGGAAAUUCGUCAGGAAAUUGAAGCAGAGACUGAACGAGGUUCAGGUGACAAUAAAGGGAUCAGUCCUGAGGCCAUAUAUCUGAAGAUUUUCUCCCCAAAAGUUCUUAAUCUCACUCUGGUUGAUUUACCUGGAAUUACUAAGGUUCCUGUUGGGGACCAGCCAGAGGACAUCGAGGCUCAAGUGCAAGAGAUGAUCUUGUCCUUUAUCUCCAAUCCAAACUGCCUUAUCCUCGCAGUGUCCCCUGCCAACUCUGACUUGGCCACCUCUGAUGCACUAAAAUUGGCUCGUGAGGUUGAUCCAGAUGGCCGUCGAACGCUGUUAGUGGUCAGUAAGCUGGACCUGAUGGAUGCAGGAACUGAUGCACUGGAAGUCCUUUUGGGUCGAGUCAUUCCAGUCAGGCUAGGGAUUAUCGGGGUGGUUAACAGGAGCCAGCAUGACAUCAAUACUCAAAAAAGCCUGGAGGACUCAAUGAAGGAUGAGCAGGUCUUCUUGCAGCGCCACUAUCCCUCGCUAGCAUCUCGUGCUGGCUCACGCUAUUUGGCCAAAACUCUCAGCAGGCUGCUCAUGCACCACAUCAGGGACUGCUUGCCAGACCUCAAAACCCGAGUGACUGUGUUGAGUGCCCAGUACCAGGCAAGACUCAACAGCUAUGGACAGCCUGUAGAGGACCACAGUGCCACCCUGCUACAGAUAGUCACCAAGUUUGCCAGUGAUUAUUGCAACACCAUAGAGGGAACAGCCAGGCACAUACAAACCUCAGAGCUCUGUGGAGGUGCUCGGAUCUGUUACAUAUUCCAUGAGACCUUUGGCCGGACCUUGCAGUCUAUUGACCCCCUGGCGGGACUGACUGGUCUUGAUAUCCUCACUGCUAUCCGCAAUGCUACAGGUCCACGGCCAGCUCUUUUUGUGCCCGAGGUAUCCUUUGAGUUGCUGGUGAAGCGGCAAAUUAAGCGUCUAGAAGAACCCAGUCUGCGCUGCGUGGAGCUUGUUCAUGAAGAGUUGCAGCGCAUCAUCCAGCACUGUUCCUCCUUCAGCACACAGGAGCUUCUUCGAUUUCCCAAGCUGCACGAUUCCAUUGUGGAAGUAGUGACUGGAUUAUUGAGGAAACGCUUGCCGAUUACUAAUGAAAUGGUCCAUAAUUUAGUAGCAAUAGAGCUCGCCUACAUCAACACAAAGCAUCCAGACUUCACGGAUGCUGCGCAGGUCUCUGCAUCUGUCAACAGUCAGCAGGCAGAGACUCUUGAUGGAGGAAAGCGCUGGAAGAACGAGAAGGUUGUGGAAGAUAAAAACCCAGCUGCAGGCUUUGGGAGCCCCAGCAAAGGCCACGCCAUUAACCUCCUUGACACAGCUGUGCCAGUUUCCCGAAAGCUGAGCGCAAGGGAGCAGAGGGACUGUGAGGUCAUCCAGCGUCUCAUCAAGAGCUACUUCCUCAUUGUCCGCAAAAGCAUCCAAGACAGUGUGCCCAAGACUGUGAUGCAUUUCCUGGUGAACAAUGUGAAAGAGCAUCUGCAGAGUGAGCUGGUGGGUCAGCUUUACAAACAGCCACUGCUGCAGGAGCUGCUCAUUGAGUCACAGGACACGGCACAGCAGCGGACUGAGGUUGCUCAAAUGCUUGAGGCACUUAAAAAAGCCAAUAACAUCAUCUCUGAAAUCCGGGAGACUCAUCUUUGGUAGCCAGAGGAAACUAACAACUUCUGUUGUCAAAGGACAGCUUUGAGAGUUUAAGAGUGUAUGUGAGCAGUCUGUGUUAAUGUGUGGCAGUACCACUGUUUUCUUAUGGACCAGUGACCAUAGCACAUUCAGAUGUACUUUUUCUCUCCAGCGGUUGCCCUGAACAGCAUACCGGGGCUGUUGCUUUUCACUGUGAACGUUGAGAGAGAGAUCAAUCACACUCAGGCUGAAAGUGUUAUUUAGCAGGUGAAAUGUGACAAGCUUUGCUGUGAAGAAAAAUUUCCUGCAAUACUUUUUUUUUUUUUUUUUGCUGUAAUGUAUGUUGCGUAUGGAGUAUUUAUUUUUUGUGUUUCAUUAUUUUUUUUUAUUUGAAAUGUGUCCACACUGUACUGUACACCUCCACGCUUUCCAGACCCUGGGUUUCCUCUGAACCCACUUUAGCAGGUGCUAAAACUGUUAGAUUAGAUUUCCUGACUUUAAUCUCCUUUUGUUGGAGUGCUCAGCAGAGAUAGAAAUAAGGUGAAAAUCAAAUCAAUACCGACUGCAGUGCAACACUAAUAACAGACCGCAGUCAUUUAAAGAAAUUAUAGGAUGACUGCAGAUUGUUUUUCCAGCUCCAGUGCUAAUCCAUGUGUUUAUUUUCCAGUCUCAUUUACAUAUGGGCCUAUUUGUACUGUUACUGUUUGCACUAACAUUCCAGUUUCAUGUGAGAAAACCAAACAUUCCCAAUAUUUCUUUCCCUCUAUGUACGAUUUUUUUUUAGAAGUCUCCCACAUGGAGGUGGACAGCAUUAGUAUAAAGUGUAUACGUAUCAUAGUAUUUGAAGUGUUUUUAAAAGAAACUGUCAAAAGAGUAGGCUUGCUAGAUUUUAGAUCCACGUGGUAGUAGUGAAAUUUUCUGUGUCUUCGUUUCCUUCCCCCAGCCUAAUUAUCCACUUGUUUCCACUGUUAAUGCUACAGAGAUGUAAGCUUGUUCAUAUUACCAACCCUCUUCAGCCACUCAGAGAAACUGCCGCCAGGAAAGACAGAUUCAGUAUGUAGAUGAAUCCUGCCUGCAGUUUUUUUUUUUUUUGCAUAUCCCACUGUAAACUUAAGCCUUAAUUUAGCCAGUCAUUCGCCCCUGUGCCAGUCAUUGUUUCAUUAUGUAAUAUUUGUUAAUGUGUAAAAUUAUGCAUCUCUUUCUUACCAACUCUUCCCAGCUUUCCUUCCCCAGUCUCAGGCUCAGAUAACAGCCAAAACUAAUGUUAUCCUAAGAAUAAGGCUUUUUCAGGAAGACCUGCUUUAAACAGAAAGUUCACCCCCAAAUCAAAUAUACAUGUGUUUUUUUUCCUCCUC